AUGCCACCACACCCUAAUAUCGUGAGCUUAAAGGGUACGUACGAAGAUGAUAAUGGUGUUCAUUUGGUUAUGGAGUUAUGUGAGGGUGGCGAAUUGUUUGAUCGGAUUAUUGCCAAAGGACAUUACACUGAGAGGGCAGCUGCGGGUGUGACAAAAACCAUUGUUGAGGUUAUUCAGAUGUGCCAUAAGCAUGGUGUGAUGCAUCGUGAUCUUAAACCAGAGAACUUCUUGUUUGCAAACAAGAAAGAAACUGGAGCCUUGAAGGCUAUUGACUUUGGGUUAUCUGUUUUCUUUAAACUAGGAUCUGAACAAGGUGUUGCACAGGCAAUCAUUAAAUAUGUUGUUGAUUUCAAGAGGGAUCCAUGGCCAAAGAAACUUGGCCAUCAAAUCGCUGAUGCAGAUCUUCAAAUACUUAUGGGAGUGGGCGAUGUUGACAAAGAUGGAUUCUUGAAUUAUGGUGAAUUUGUGCCGAUUUCGAUUCACUUAAGAAAGAUGGGAAAUGAUGAUCAUCUUAAAGAUGCUUUUGCAUUCUUUGAUAAAAACCAAAGUGGAUACAUAGAGGUUGAAGAGUUAAGGGAAGCCUUAGCUGAUGAAGAUGAAGCCAAUAAUGAAGAAGUCAUUUCCGCCAUCAUUCAUGAUGUCGACACUGAUAAGGAUGGAAAGAUUAGUUUUGAGGAAUUCACGACGAUGAUGAAGACAGGAACAGAUUGGAGAAAAGCAUCGCGACAGUACUCGAGAGAGAGAUACAAUAAUUUGAGCUUGAAAUUGUUCCAAGAUGCAUCAUUGGAUUUAGGCAAUGAGGAAAGAUGA